AUGGGACUUUUAAACACUUUGCAAAAUUUACCCACUGAAGUAUUGGUAAAUAUCUUUAGUUAUUUGGAAGAGGCUGACUUCACAGUACUGGAACAAACUUCAAGUAAAUUCGCUAGUAUUAUUAGUGACGAAGAACUAUGGAAAAGUCUAUUCAUAAAACACAAUCACACGAGUUAUUUCCCAUCAUAUUCUCAGUCUUCAAAAUAUAGCAUUGAAUAUAGGGAAAGAAAUAAGGCAUUAAAUCAGUGGCGGCAUAAUAGGGGCGUUUCUACAAAAUAUACAAUAUCUCAAAACAACCAUGAUUCGAAUCCUCAGCAUCAGGAGCUUUCGCACGUUGUAUUUGAUUAUCCGAGGUGUGCAUGCUAUAAUGAUGGUCUUAUAACCUUCCUGCAGUUGCAUGCAAAAAGACGGAAGGAUAGGGUGGUUUAUAUUCAGUGUACAACGCCCCACGGGUGUUCUGUUAUGCACUUCAACAUUAACGCGGUUGUAUUUGGCAGAGUAGAUGGCAGAGUUUUUGGAAAGCUGUUUACAAAUAGGUCGUACUUGUCUCCGGUUGUGGAGUUUGACAAUAAACACGAUGAAUGUGUUACGGCAAUCGCGACAGCGGCAUAUGAAGAUUCAUCUCAGGAUUGGUGUAUAAGUGGUUCUGAAAGGGGAGAGUUAAUCUGGUGGUCCAAUGCGAAACUACAAUCAAGGUUGAGAGUGUCUAAUUCUCCAAUUAACAAGGUGUAUAUGAAUAACAAGACAACUUUGGCCUUUGAUGAAGAUAAUAUACAUAUCAUUGAGGAUAGAAAGGAAUUAUACUCCAUUAACCUAGCUAUAAGCGUUAGUGAACAACUAAAAGACAUUAGGUUUGUUGAAGUGGAUUUUGGCGGUAUGUUAGUCAUUCUUGCAAGCUCAAGGAAUGUCUACGUAAUUUCUAUCAACCCGCAUAAAGACAUUGGCUUUACUCGUCGCCUAGCAAUGCCGCAUGCCAUCGAGGAUUUAGUUAUAGAUAAAAAUACAGCUAGAAGGAAGAUAGAUCACUAUAAUGUGGCUGGGGGAAAUGGUUGUUUUAUUGCGGUGCUGUUAAGCGAUAACACUGUGAAAACUGUAAACGUACGUGCUCCAGGUUCUAGCAUUAAAGAGCACCUCUCAAUGUCAUUCCAUGAAAAAAUUCAUAUAUGCCAGAUUAAUAACCUGGUAUUGGCCUGUGCAUUUUCAGGUAAGGUAGCAAUAUAUGACGCUUUAAGCAGUGCUGAAAUACGUGUUAUCCAGGGCACUGAAAAGUAUCCACAAUAUCUGCAGAUUUCUGAUGGUAAAUUUCUAUUGGGCAGUGGCAAUGUCCUUCACUAUCAUCAGUAUAUAUCUGCAGAAUCUAAGCAAUAUAAAAGAGCUAAUGGAAAGGCAGACAGAACAAGUAAAAUUGCCGAGGCUGUCAAAUCCCAACUACGUAUGUUUGACGAAGAUGAAUAUACAAGACAGCAGGAAAUAGCCAGGGAAGAAAGGCUCAGGAGAAGAUUUGUGGGCGAUUUAGAAGACGAGGAGUUACAGCUUCAGAUAGCGUUAAUGGAAUCAGAAUCUAUGGGCGCUAACAUUGCGGGAUCUGAGGAUUCGUUUGAUGAAUCCCUUCAACGGGUGCUUGAAGAUUCACGUUUGCAACAUGAGGCUGUACGCAAUUCCGUAAUGUACACCGCAGAGGAUGAAGAGGAGAUGCUUUUGAGGGCUUUAGAGCAAUCGCGGUUGGAGGCAGAGCAAUUUACAACAAGGAGUAGAGAUGAAAGUAACGACUAG